AUGAUGGAGGAGAGUACAAGCACAGUCCUUGCAAGCGAGGCGGCAACGCUAAGUUAUUUACGCGACAAAAGUGAUAUUCCCGUCCCAGAAGUGUUUUCGUUCUGUCCUACUCAUCAGAAUGAUAUUGGCGUUCCCUAUAUCUUGAUAAGCAAAGCACAUGGGAAACCACUUGCUUCUUUCGGCUGGGAUGACAAUAGUGAUUUGGAUAAUGACUCUCGGCCAUGUUUGACGCUACAGCAGAAACGAAAGGUCAUAAGACAAUUGGGCAAAAUCCACGCAUCCCUUUCGAACAUACGAUUUGAUCGGAUCGGAUCACUGUUGCGGGUGGAAGACGAUUAUACUCUAGGAACGUGUCUUUCUCCAGCCCUUAUGUGGCAUGGCCGCGAUGAGUUUGAUGAUGACGAUAUCCCACUCGGGCCGUUUGACGACGCAGCAUCAUUCUACAGAGCGCAGACCUUCGCUUUGCUUGCUCAUGUGAGAGAACUUCCUAUGGAGCACCAUAUGUUCCAUGCACCGGUGCCUACACGACAGGAAUACGAUACGUUCAGUGAAUAUUAUAUUGCUACGAAUAGGUGGAAUGACUACGUUACCGUGGGGUCAAAAAUCGAGAGCGCAAAAAAUAGGCUUGACUACACCUCUGCUGCGCUUGCUAUUUUGGAACUUGUUCCCUUGCUAGCCGAAAGCGACAAUCAAAUUCGCGGCUCUGGCUUCCCAUUGUUUCAUCCCGACCUGAGUACCAGCAAUUUGUUCGUUGAUGACGAUCUGAAUGUGACCUGUAUCAUUGAUUGGGCUUGCACUUCAUCUGUUCCGAAGUCAAUGUUACUCGUCUGUCCCGGACUACCUCAUUCCCGGAAUCCAACACCCCUCGAGUUUAUAGACUCUUUCAUACAAGGUUUUGUUGAAGGGAAAGGGUUGGAUUCCCAAGCAGCUCUUCCUUUCGAGAAAAGCAAUGAUCUUUGGGAAUUUGCUCGCUUGGAGCUUUUUGCAAAGCUGAAUGACAUGAAGGAACGGGAUGAGUUUAUCACCUCGUUGAAAAUGAUAUCCCAAUACACCGCCACAUCUGAGGAAAUGCGGAAUGAGAAACAGUAUUUUGAAUGUAACGGGCCCGAAAGAUUGGCGCUGGCACGCCAUAUUUCAACAAUGGCAAGUCUCAAUCCCAAGUUUGUGGCGGAUCAGCGCCUCUGGAAGUGGGUCGUGAUAUACUUGAAGCAGCGAGACACAUAUAUGUUCCCUAACCUUGAGAAGGCAGUUAAUUGA